UGAGGACUUAGCUUAGCACAUUUUCUUUCAAUGAAUGUUUUCUCUGAGCUGUUGUGGAAGUCUGCGAGGAAAUUAACUGUGGGAAAUGGCUCCAAAGAAGGGGAAGGGAGAUGAUGCACCAAAGCCACCACCACUGAUUGGCAGAUUUGGCACUUCACUGAAAAUAGGAGUUGUUGGCCUGCCCAAUGUUGGGAAGUCAACCUUUUUCAACGUGUUGACAAAGAGUCAGGCUGCAGCUGAAAAUUUCCCCUUCUGCACCAUUGACCCAAAUGAAAGCAGAGUGCCCAUUCCAGAUGAACGCUAUGAUUUCCUCUGCCAAUUCCACAAACCUCCCAGCAAAAUCCCAGCAUUCCUUAAUGUCGUUGACAUUGCUGGCCUGGUGAAAGGUGCUCAUGCUGGCCAAGGCCUGGGAAACGCCUUCCUGUCCCAUAUCAGCGCCUGUGAUGGCAUCUUCCACAUGACACGUGCUUUUGAGGAUGAGGAUAUCAUCCAUGUUGAGGGGACAGUGGACCCAGUGAGGGAUAUGGAGAUCAUCCAUGAGGAGCUAAGGAUGAAGGAUGAGGAGAUGAUCGGCCCUAUUAUUGACAAGCUGGAGAAGACGGCCAUUAGAGGCGGUGACAAGAAACUCAAACCAGAAUACGACGUUAUGUGCAAAAUCAAGAGCUGGGUAAUGGAUGAAAAGAAACACGUCCGCUACUAUCACGAUUGGAACGACAAGGAGAUCGAAGUGUUGAACAAAUACUUGUUUUUGACUUCCAAACCAAUGAUUUACCUCGUUAACCUCUCAGAGAAAGACUACAUCAGGAGAAAGAACAAAUGGUUGGUGAAAAUCAAGGAGUGGGUGGACAGUCACGACCCGGGAGCCUUGGUUAUCCCCUUCAGUGGCGGCAUGGAGGGCCAGCUACAGGACAAGAGCGAAGAGGAGAGGCAGAAGUACUGCACAGAGCACAAGACGCAGAGCGCCCUGAGCAAGAUCAUCAAGGCAGGCUACGCAGCCCUGCAGCUGGAGUACUUCUUCACUGCUGGACCAGAUGAGGUCCGUGCAUGGACCAUUCGGAAAGGAACUAAGGCUCCACAGGCUGCGGGGAAGAUCCACACAGACUUUGAGAAGGGCUUCAUUAUGGCGGAAGUAAUGAAAUUCCAGGAUUUUAAAGAGGAAGGCAGUGAGAGCGCUGUCAAGGCUGCAGGGAAAUACAGACAACAGGGAAGAAACUAUAUUGUUGAAGAUGGAGACAUCAUCUUUUUCAAGUUCAACGCACCAAAUGCACCAAAGAAAAAGUGACACGAGAGCAAUCUGUUUGUUUACAUAACUGACUGUGUGCUUGUUACCCCCUCUGUGUUUUUCUGGCCUGAUACCCGCUGCCACACUCUCACUUUCUGUAGGAUCAAAUCUCCCUCUGAUCCAAAGCACAGGUUCAGUAAACUCUGACAGCUUUGCUAUUUAAGAUCAGGAUCGGCCCCCACUCCAAAUUGUAGCAGCAUUUGAAGGAGCAUAUUACUCUCCAGAUACCUCAUUAAUCUCCAUCACGGGUGCCAGCACUGACACAGCUGACAGCGGGGACAAUGCCACCUGCUCUUCUCCCCCUUCUGCAGAUAAUGCAUGUUUUACAGUAGCCCAGAUGUCUACACUCAAUAAAACAUUUGACAAAACCA